CCGGACUCGCUGAUUCCCAUUAUACCUGCAUCGAUUCCGUAACCAUUACAGCUCGCUUUACAAUCAGAGCAUGACAGAAUCCAGUGAGGUUGCCUUGGGUCAUUUACAGGCAAUCAAACCACGAGAUGGUUGGGCUGUGGAUCGAACGUUCGGCGGAAUGCGCCUUUUGCGGCGGAACGUUCCCGUAGUCGACGCUGCCUUUUUGGAUAUCCACUUGGAUCCAUUAACCAAGACUGUCGUUGGGAUUGUAAAUAAAAGUAUCAGUGGUGUACAAGCCCAAGUUUUGGUCGACGCCAAAGGCAGACUCGUUGCCCAGAAGACCCUAGUAACGGUACAAAGCUGGCAAGGUCGCAAGACGGUGCCGUUGUCAUCGUCACACACGCCAAGAACUGGUCGCUCCGCUACAAAUACAGCUGCCGAUAAUCGAUCCGAUGAGUUCGCCGAGGCGACCUUGCUGUCUUCCGAACAAAACCAAGCUUUAUUAAAGUAUGGAGCGUCGUUCUUUGGUGGACUGUUGCUGCUCCGCGUUUUGGUGCAAACUAUGUGGGGUCUCUCCAUUCUCGCGCUCCCACUCGGCUACUUGUAUUUGGUCCAAACGUGCCCACCCGAAUCCUCCUUUGAUGCCAAGAAGGAACUAAAACGGGUAUUGCGGGGACACCAUUUACCGGAAACAGAUCCCAACAAGCCCAAGGGCUUUCUCAGUGCAACGCUAGCCCGGAUCAACGCGUCCGUGGCGACUGAGCUUGCCACUACACUGGGAUACGAAGUCACCAUGGUCCCCCUAGCGGGGGCAGCCGUCGUUUCCUCCGUACGAGUACCCUCGGCAGCCUUGGACUUUUACUGGGUCGGUGUCCACGGUUCGUGGUACUACGUGUACUCGAUGGAACUGGCCGAUGCAACCAAGCGGGAUUGAAUGCCACAAUAAUCCGUGGGCAGGGGUGGGGCACACCGACGUUCAUUCGAUCGUGCCACGAUACAGAGUAGACACUUGUACAUUCCGUCUUACACGACACACAGCGAGUAGGUUAAUUUCCUGGCUAGUGUUGUUAUAGUUUUGUAUAUGC